AUGGGUGUUACCGGACUAUGGACUGUGGUCCAGCCCUGUGCGCGACCAAUCAAACUGGAAACGUUGAAUCGCAAGCGCCUCGCAGUCGACGCGUCCAUCUGGAUCUACCAAUUUCUCAAAGCGGUUCGAGACAAAGAAGGAAAUGCUCUGCGAAACGCUCAUGUGGUUGGUUUCUUUCGUCGGAUCUGUAAGCUGCUUUUCUUCGGAAUCAAGCCAGUUUUUGUUUUCGAUGGCGGAGCUCCGGUGCUUAAGCGCCAAACGAUUGCGGCUCGAAGGAAGAGGCGAGAGGGUAGAAGGGAAGAUGCUGUGAGAACUGCUGGCAAGCUCCUCGCAAUCCAGAUUCAGAGGCAGGCCGAGGAGGAAGAGACCAGGCGAAGACAUGGAAAUAUUGAGGUGACAGAACAAGGAGAAAUAUCGGCGGAGGCAAGAUAUGUCGACGAAACUUUUAUGACACCGAAAGAGAGGCAGAAAAAUCGAAAGUUUCGUAAAAAGGAUACUUAUCAUUUGCCUGACCUCGAUGUAUCUCUUGAUCACAUGGGCGGAGCUGACGACCCGCGAAUCAUGUCGCAAGAAGAGCUAGAGGAAUACGCUCGCCAGUUCCAUAAUGGGGAAGAUAUCAAUCUCUAUGAUUUUUCGAAGAUUGAUUUUGACAGUCCUUUCUUCAUGAGUCUUCCCGCAAGUGAUCGAUACAAUAUCCUCAACGCCGCCCGAAUUCGUAGUCGUCUGCGAAUGGGCUACUCUAAAGAACAACUUGAUUCUAUGUUUCCAGAUCGAAUGGCAUUCUCCAAGUUCCAGAUAGAACGAGUCAAAGAACGAAAUGACCUAACUCAACGUUUAAUGAACAUAAACGGAAUGAAUGGAGAAGAGGCUAUAGAUUUUAAUAGUGGUCAAAGAAUUGCGGGCGAACGCGGAAAAGAGUAUGUGCUGGUCAAAAAUCCCGAUGUCGAGGGUGGUUGGGCCCUGGGCGUUGUUGGGAAUAAAGAAGGAACAGUGGCCGAUCGGCCGAUCGAUGUCGAUCAAUAUGGUCAGCCUGAUAUUUUACCGGUGCAAGAUGAUGAAGACGACGACAAUGCGUUUGAAGACAUUCCUAUCGAAGGCCUCAAUCGAUUACCUAAGCUUCCCAUACUACAAAAGGGGAUAUUCGAUGAGGCUAUUCAGCGGCACAAAGCGGAGACCUUGGAUCGGAGGAAAGCAGUAUACACAGCGCGCCGCGAGGAAGCGGGAAUUUCCAAUAGUACAGUUGACGAUGAAGAUAAUGACGCUCUUUUCGUCCCUGUAGAGAGAAGCCCUGCUAGCGGAGAUAUGGCUGGCCUAUUUGGUGAUGAUGAGGAUGAAGAUCUUAGCCGAGCUAUUGCAAUGUCUCUAGAGAGGGCACCGGAAGCGGAAUCUACCCAACCUGUAAAUACAGACAACCUGGCCAAACAUGCUCCACCCACGUUUGACUCUAUGAGUGUUUCUGAGAGCGAGGAUGGGGAUGAGAUGGACUUUACUGCGGCUCUAGCGCAGGCUAAGAAAGCACAGCCAGAGCCAAGAUCCAAGGCCAAGGCCCCAGAAGUUCGUCCAGAAUAUAAAUUCAACGGCCCAUUGCCGUUCGAGACAUUGAAGAUAAACAACCGAGCGAAAGAGGAAUUGCCUCGAACCGCCCCACCUGAAGCUGAUGCGGGUGGUUUCGAGAGGCAAGAUGAGAGUAUUCAAAGCAGAAAAAAGAAGAAAGCCGAAGCUCUUCCGCCUUGGUUUAUCAAAAAUGAUGGGGUUAAAGCGGAUUUUAUCGAAGAUAGAAAUGAGGAGGAGCCCGUGAAAAGGCAGUAUGACGAUACAUUGUUUCACCAGGAAAUUUUAUCACGAAAUAAAUCGCCAGAGGUUAUCGAUGUCGACGAAAUACCAGAAUCAAAAGAGAUUAUUGACCUUGACGCUGAAGAGCAAGAAGCAUCAGAAACAGAAUCCGUGGAACAAAUCAUGGAACAGCCUACCUUGAUGGAUGAUAUUACUGAAAAUAUCCGCAUGAAACCAUCAACACCAUCGACCGUGGCGGAAACACAGACUGUGUUUCGCGAUCAAGAAGGUGCUGGCGAAGAGAAGGAAAUUUCCGAUUGGGAGCCCACCGAUGACGAGCAAGAAUCUACAUUAGCGAGAGCCACCAGUGCUACCGCUCAUGUGAACACCGACCUAGUGAAAAGUAUAUCGCCUUCUCCGGAGUUUGAGGAUGUGGAACUUGCUGCUGCAGUACCAGUGCAGAACACAGCUGCUUUCGCAGAGACUAGUGCGGCUAUUUUGGACGAGCAAGAUGCUGCCAUGGUUGAUAAUGAGGUUCCAUAUUCGGACCCAGAAGAUGAGGACCUAAUGGUGCAAUUAGCCGCCGAAGCGGAAGAACAUGCUCGGUUUGCAUCUACGCUCAACAACAAAACGCAGGCUGAAAACGCUCGUGACUUUGAGCAAGAAUUGAAACAGCUCCGCAACCAGCAAAAGAAAGACCGACGUGAUGCUGAUGAAGUAUCUCAGAUCAUGGUCUCUGAAUGUCAGCAACUGCUUCGAUUGUUUGGAUUACCGUAUAUUACGGCGCCUAUGGAAGCUGAAGCGCAGUGUGCGCAGCUCGUAUCUCUGGGCCUGGUAGAUGGGAUUGUGACUGACGACAGCGACACGUUCCUUUUCGGCGGCACUCGCAUCUACAAGAACAUGUUCAAUCAAAGCAAAUACGUAGAAUGCUUUCUUGCCAACGACCUUGAGAAGGAAUAUGCCCUCGACCGCCCUAAGCUAAUUCGAUUUGCCCAUCUCCUUGGAAGCGACUACACGGAGGGCAUUGCUGGCGUCGGACCGGUGACUGCGUUGGAGAUCAUCACCGAGUUUCAAGACCUUGAAAAGUUCCGCGACUGGUGGAUGCAGGUACAGCUGGGAGUAGAAAUAACUGAUGACCCACACCACAACUUCCGCAAGAAGUUCAAGAAGAUGGCGACGAAGCUGUUCCUGCCGCCGUCGUUCCCGGACACUCAUAUCGACGAGGCAUAUUUGAACCCCGAGGUCGACAACGACGCAUCCGAGUUCCAAUGGGGGGUCCCGGACCUUAACGGGCUGCGCAGUUACCUGAUGGCGACGAUCGGCUGGUCGCAAGAAAGGACGGAUGAGGUUCUGCUGCCGGUGAUUCGCGACAUGAACAAGCGCGAGCAGGAAGGCACGCAGGCCAACAUCACGCGGUUUGUCGGCGGCGGCCUUGGAGCAGGAGCGUUUGCCCCACGUGUGCGCGCAGAAGGAAAGAGCCGCAUGGACAAAGCCUUGAGCCGGCUAGCAGAACAAGCAAAACAGAAAGAACAGGCAAAUCAAGCCACACAAGCCAAACAAGCCAAAGAGAGCAGGAAGCGCAGAAGGGGAGAUUAG